AUGCGGGCUGAUGCUACUCCGUCAACUAGCAGUGGGGUGGUACCAAAGCAGAAAUCGAUCGUGUCGUCUUUCGUGGCCAUUAUACCUUAUGAAAGGUGUUCCAAAAGGAGCAAGGAUAUAACCAGGGCCGUUUCUAACUUUCUAGCGAAAGAUAUGAUGCCCCUAAGUACAGUAGAACAAGGCGGGUUUAGGAAAUUAGUGAAAGUGCUUGACUCCAGGUACGAACUCCCUGGCAGAAAAUACUUUUCCAAAACCGCACUACCUCAGCUGUAUGAAGAGUGCCGCGGAAAGCUGGAAAAUAAUCUAAGGAACGUGAGAUACUUUGCCACUACCACCGACCUAUGGUCCAGCCGCACAUCCGAGCCAUAUUUGAGCCUCACCAUUCAUUACAUCGACGAGGACUGGGGUCUGCAAUCAAGAUGCUUGCAGACUGCAUAUUUUCCAGACGACCAUACUGCGGAAAUACUUUCUGCGGGUCUGGAGGAUGCACUCGCAUCUUGGGACCUUAGCGAGGACCGCCAGGUGUGCAUUACAACGGACAACGGCGCAAACAUUGUUAAGGCUGUCUCACUUAAAAACUGGACUCGCCUACAGUGUUUUGGUCACCGGCUGCAUCUAGCCAUUGAGGGGAGUAUGAGAGACCAGAGAAUCCAAAGAGCCAUGGGUGUGUGCAAAAAAGUGGUCAGUGCUUUUUCCUUCUCGUGGAAAAAGAAACGCGAACUAGCGGCCACUCAAGAGGAGCUCAAGCUGCCAAAGCACAAGUUGAUCACAGAAUCACCGACCAGGUGGGGGUCACGCCAUGCAAUGAUAGCACGAGUGCUAGAGCAGGAGAAGGCCAUUGCAAAAGUUUUAUCAGCUGAUAAAAAAACAAGGCACUUGGCUCCCUCAUGGCAGGAUAUUGAGGUUCUGGAGUCUGUGUGCAAGGCUCUAAACCCACUUGCUAAUUUCACUGAUGCCCUUUCUGGUGAAAAAUAUGUGAGUGUGUCAUACCUGAAACCUGUACUUCAUCUUUUCAAUGAGGAGGUCUUGAAACCUGUAGCUGAUGACUCAGAGCUCACAAAGACCAUCAAGGCUUCUGUCAUCAGCUAUCUGAAUGAGAAAUAUGACAAUGCUGCCACUGAUGACCUUUUGAGCAUAGCAUCCCUUGUUGAUCCUCGUUUUAAGAAACGCUACAUCAAAGAUGACAAGCUUGAGGCUGUAAAAUCCAGAGCUGUGGCUCAGAUGCCUGAGAUCGAGAGAACGCACCGAUCGCUCGGACCUGCUCCUGGAGUCAAUAAUCCACCACGAAUCAUACUGGUCAGAUUUCUACGCUACGGAGACAGAGAUCGCAUUCUACAGGCAGCAUUGAAAAAAUGGCAAAUUAUUCAUGAGGGAAAGCAGGUUCGCUUCUUUCAAGAUCUUUCAGUGGACGUGAUGAGGAAACGGAGGGAAUUCAAUGCUGUGAAGAAGAUUCUAGUCGGUCGCAAAAUGUUCUGCGGAUUCGCAUACCUGGCCAAGUUGCAUUGCUUUCACGAUUCAGAGCUUCGUAUGUUCAGCACAGUGGCCGCGGUGGAAGAGUUCAUAGAGACUCUGCAAGAUAAGUGA